AUGCUAGGGCUACAUUUACUGCAUAGUGUGUAUAAUGUUAAAGCGGAAAACUUGACGAGACGGUUAGUUGAGAGAUCUGUCAAGGUGUCGGUGAUGGUUUCCAAUUUGGUGAAGUUACUCGAGAUGCUUGAUUAUCAAUGCAAGCUAGUGGAAAAACUCGGGUACUGUGACUUUGACUUGGCGUAUGUGCUUUAUAUAAUACUUUUUGAGUAUUUCAAACAGACAAGGGCCAAAAUAAGGUGCAAGAGUGAGAAAUUAUACUUGGAUUUGGAGGAGUCAAUAAACAGAAAAGACAAGGUAUUUACUACUAUGAUGAUGCCAGGUAUCAAAAGUGAAACUACCUCAGAUCCCCUACAAGAUCGGCUAAAGUUGCUAAAGGGGGAAUCUUUGAGUAGUAGUAUUGGUGGUGGUGGUGGCAGCAGCAGCAACUCCAAUACAAAAAGCUACCGGCGGCUGGUACUGCCGAUUGAGUUAAAAGAGCUUUUAAACACGAAAAAGGUUUUAUUAAUAGAUUAUAGACUUCGAAAGGACUAUUUGAACAACCACAUCAAACACACGAAUCUCGUUAAUAUAGAACCCAAACUAGUUGAAUCGCUACCUGAAGGAGCCAAUGAUGCAGAUCUAGAAGAUGCUUUGAAAGCAACCUUGCCAUUUCAUCAACUACAAAAAUUUCAGCAGAGACACAAAUUCGAUUACGUUAUAAUAUACAAUUACAAGUAUGGGGUUGAGGGAAAUGACACAUUUUUAAACAUUCUCAAUGAGCUCGAGCUAGAUGAUAACGAGGUGUUCCCAUUUGCAAGACUAAUCGAUUUAUUGGUUUUUAAAAAUAAAUACAUUAGCUCCAGUCUCAAAUUGGUGCCUAGUUAUCUUUCUGGUGGUGUUCUUAAUUGGUACAAAAUUUUUGGUAACGAUCUGCUAGAACGACUGGAAAGUCAAGCAAACGAUAUGGGAGCAUCUAAUGGAGGUGUGAAUUACUCGACUUCACUUAACGAUUAUAUUUCAAAACCGAGUAAGGGUUCGAGCCCAAUUCCAAUACCCAAGGAACCAGUACACGCGGAUUACAAACCGGUACAAAAGAUGCCCUUAUAUGAGCCAAAUAAAAUGCCGCCGUCAAUUGGCAUGCAACCAUACAAUCCUCCUAAGGAUAGUACAUCCAUUGCAGUGGUACCCGGAAUUUCAAGUUAUCGCGAGAUUUCCAACAAUCCAAAAGCAACAACAGCAACAACAACAACAACAAUAGAAACAACACCAGCAUCGUCAACACUAGCACCAAUAUCAACAUCAACAAAAUCUAACUUGUUGGAGGAGUUCUCAACAGGGUUAGUCAAUUUGGGCAAUUCCUGUUAUAUGAAUUGCAUGGUGCAAUGUUUAGCUGCUACGCGGCAGUUGACGUCAUUUUUCUUCCCUUCAAUCACAUUUAAUGAAUCUUAUAAACAACACAUUAACGUUAAUAAUAAACUCGGUACGCAAGGUAAAUUAACAAGGGGGUUUGUUGAGCUAAUCCUCAACAUGCUCAACAAAGAUGGAGGAGUUUUUACUCCGUCAAAAUUCAAAAGGAUUGUAGGCGAAUUAUCUCCAGGUAAACAGUUUGCUACAUAUGAUCAACAGGAUAGUAUUGAAUUUUUAAACUACUUACUUGAUGGGUUGCAUGAGGACCUAAAUCAAAUGGCUAUUUCGGAUCCAAAGGAAAAACAGAAGAUAUCAGAGUUGACUCCUGAGCAAGAAAACUCAAGAGAGAUUCUUCCGAUCCGGUUGGCGUCUACUAUUGAAUGGGAAAGAUACUUGAAGUUGAACUUUUCAAUAGUUGUGGAUAAAUUUCAAGGGCAAUAUUUAUCACGAUUGAAAUGUUUGGAGUGUGGAUUUACAUCUACUUCGUAUAAUGCAUUUUCCAAUUUAUCACUCCCAAUACCAGAAAAGCUUGAUCAUUCUUCAAACGUGACAUUAAAGGAUUGUCUUGACGAGUUUAUUACAACUGAGUUACUUGAUGAUGAAAACAAGUGGUUUUGUCCGAAAUGUAAGAAAUUCACGAAAUCAACAAAGACAAUUUCAAUUACAAGAUUACCUCAAGUUUUGAUAAUCAAUUUCAAAAGAUUCAAGUUGAAUCCGACAGAUAAUCAAUUUAAAAAACUAGAGACAUUCGUAACAUAUCCCGUAUCUGAUAUUCUCGAUUUAACAAAAUACUGGCCUGCAGUCGGAUCCACGGUAUCUGAGUCUGCUGUAAAUGGGAAUAGAAUGAAACCAGAGGAAGAACAGAGAUAUUUAGAUAAUUUGCCGACCAGAAAUCAACAGCCACCUUUUAGAUAUAAAUUGUUUGGAGUAGCUAAUCACUUUGGGAAUUUAACAACAGGUCACUAUACCGCAUAUGUAUACAAGAAGGACAACAAAGGAUUAAAAAAUUGGUGUUAUUUUGAUGAUUCUAAAAUAACUUUCAAUGUGUCGCCCAACAAAGUCUUGAAUAAGAAUGCCUAUUGUCUAUUUUUUCAAAGAGUAUAG